UUUGUCAACGUGAGUGUUUUCGACCUUGCUUUAACCGGGAAAGGAAAAAUUUUCUACAAAAUAUUCAAUUUUAAUUUAAGGUAUUAGUGAAAAUUUCCAGCUUUUAAUUAAGUAAAUGAAUUGAGAUAAAUUUAAACUUAAAAUAAAACAGGAGAAAUAGACCAAAUUUAUGUUUACUGCAUGUGCUCUUUAUAUGCUUUGUGUGUGCAGUCAUUUGUAGUAGUGCCAAGUGAAAUAUCUGACAAUAUUUACAAAAAUACAUAAACAUAUUUAAUAUAAGAUAAUGGCACCAAAAAAAGGUGACGAAGUUGAACGGAAACCAUUAAUUGGUCGUAUUGGAACAAAUUUGCGAAUUGGUAUAGUUGGUGUACCAAAUGUUGGUAAAUCGACCUUUUUUAAUGUGCUAACCAAAUCUGCAGCACCAGCUGAAAAUUUUCCAUUUUGUACUAUUGAUCCCAAUGAAAAUAAGGUACCAGUGCCAGAUGAGAGAUUUGAUUUUCUUUGUGAAUAUCAUAAGCCGCUAAGCAAAGUUCCGGCAUUUUUAAAUGUUGUUGAUAUUGCCGGUUUAGUAAAAGGCGCCUCCGAGGGUCAAGGCCUUGGCAACGCAUUUCUCUCACACAUAAGUGCUUGCGAUGCAAUAUUCCAUUUAUGCCGUGCAUUUGAAGACAGUGAUGUUACUCAUGUCGAAGGUGAAGUUGAUCCAGUUAGAGAUUUAGAUAUCAUAACCGAAGAACUUCGAUUAAAAGAUGAGGAAAAAUUAAAACAAAACCUAGAAAAAUUAGAGAAAAUGUAUGUGAGAGGCGGUGACAAGAAAUUAAAGCCUGAAUAUGAUUCUAUGAUGAAAAUUAAACAAUUGAUAAUAGAUGAAAAGAAACCGCUAAGAUUUGCCGACUGGAAUGCCCAUGAUGUUGAAGUUUUAAAUAAGCAUUUGUUCUUAACUUCUAAACCAGUCAUUUAUUUAGUGAAUUUGUCAGAAAAAGAUUUUAUUCGUAAAAAGAACAAGUGGCUAGCAAAAAUUAAGGAAUGGGUUGAUAAUAAUGAUCCUGGUGCAACUAUUAUACCAUUCUCAGGUGCAUUUGAAGCUAAACUCUUAGAAAUGGACGAUGCUGAACGUAAAGCAUAUGAAGAAGAGCAUAAAUGUAAAAGUAAUUUGGAUAAAAUUAUUGUUCAAGGCUAUAAGGCUUUGCAAUUAGAGUACUUCUUUACGGCAGGACAUGAUGAAGUUAAGGCAUGGACAAUUCAAAAAGGAACUAAAGCACCGCAAGCUGCUGGUCGAAUUCAUACUGAUUUUGAAAAAGGUUUUAUUAUGGCUGAAGUAAUGCAUUAUAAAGACUUUAAAGAAGAAGGAUCUGAAGCAUCAUGUAAGUCAGCUGGAAAGUACAGGCAACAAGGUCGUAAUUAUGCAGUUGAGGAUGGUGAUAUUAUAUUCUUUAAAUUUAAUGCUGGUGCUGGUCUUAAAGAUGCUAAGAAAAAGUGAUACCCACAAUUUGCUGUUAUCAUUAUGGUUAUGCUUUAUAUAAAUAUGAUAAUGUACUGGCAUAUAUUUAUUUUGGAAUAAGAUGGUUAAAUUCUAUAUAAAAUAUUUUUUGUAUACAAGAAUUUAAUUAAGAAAUUUGAUUAAAAUACACAAUCAGCCAAUAAAGCAAAUUUUUUUUUAAUAAAAAUUUGGGUAUA